AUGGCCGCCCAUCACGCCGCCGUAACCCCCGCAAAAGGCGAGCCUUUCGAGGUUCGGACACGUCCUACGCCGAAGCCAGGCCCAGGCGAGCUCCUCAUUCAGGUCAAAUCUGUAGCCCUCAACCCAGCAGACCACCUGAUGCGUGACCAAGGCAUAUUCAUACCCACCUACCCCACGGUCAUUGGUUUCGAUAUCUCGGGGUUAGUCCUAGAGGUCGGCGAGAACGUCCCAAUUGAUGACGCCGACGGAAGAUCAGGUCCCUUUUUCCAGCCGGGCAUCACCCGUGUCGCCGCCUACGCCGCCUCGUUCUGGAACUCCUACACGGCUGACUACGGUGCCUUUCAGGAGCGAUGUCUAGUGCCCUGGCAGCAUGCCGUGCCUCUUCCAAAUGAGGGCAUUUCCUGGAACCAAGCUGCAACCCUGCCUGUCGCUGUACAGGUGCCCCUAAGCGCGUGGGACGCUAUGGGGCUUUUGCGAGUACCAGACACGGCGUCUUCUUCCUUAGCCUCCGUCGCUUCAACUGGUCACGACGCUGCCGGCAAGGAUCAAAACAAAGAAAUUUCUAAGAAAGAUGCCAUACUGGUGUGGGGUGCUUCUUCUAGCGUGGGCACGAUGGGUGUGCAAACCGCUCGCCUGCUGCGGGAGGAUCACAAUUCUUCAGUCGCCGCCGUGUACGCCGUGGCCGGUGCCGCAAACCAGGAAUACGUAGGCUCACUCGGCGCGGAUCGCGUCUUUGACUACAAAGAUCCAUACGUUGUGGGUCAAAUCGUAUCCGCGGCUAAAGAGAGCCAUCUAUCGAUUCGGAAAUGCUUUCUUGCCACGGGGCAUCUGGCGACUUGUCAAGCGGUUCUCAAGGCUUUUCUUUCGGAUGACGAAGGAAGACGAAAUGAGACAGCGAAGAUUGCGUCGGCACCAGUUAUCCCACCAAAUGCGGAAGAGGUUGAAGGAUUAGAAACCAUCUUCUUGAUGCCGUCGGCGGAUGAACGGCAAAGGUUAACUCAGUUUCGGUAUUGGAUGGGAGAGUUCCUGAUGGAGAAUUUAGCCAACGGGAGUCUUAGACCGAGCCCGAAGCCGACUGUUGUAGGCAAGGGUUUAGAUGCUAUAAAUUCUGGUUUGGACAUGCUACUGCAGGGAGUGAGCUGUACAAAGUUGGUUGUAGAAGUUACCGAGUGA